GGCCUGGAGAAGAAACACUGUCUCUGUCCCAAAGAGAAAAUCUUUAAAGAAAACAAAUCCUAAAAUGGGUCUACUGAGUUCUAAAAGCUCCAAGGUCAAGCAAGCUCAGAUUCUUCUCCUGGGACUCGAUUCAGCAGGGAAGUCUACCCUCCUUUAUCAGCUAAAGCUUGCUCAGAGUGUUGUAACCAUCCCAACGAUAGGUUUCAAUGUGGAGAUGAUACAGCUGGAAAAGAGUCUUUUGCUCACUGUCUGGGACGUUGGCGGCCAGGAAAAAAUGAGAACCGUUUGGGAUUAUUACUGUGAAAACACCGAUGGGCUGGUGUACGUCGUGGACAGCGCGGACAAACGGCGGCUGGAAGACUCCAGGAGAGAGUUUGAGCACAUUUUGAAGAAUGAACACAUUAAAAACGUGCCUGUUAUCCUCUUAGCCAACAAACAAGAUAUCCCUGGAGCUUUCACCGCUGAGGACAUCACCAGAAUAUUCAAAGUGAAGAAGCUCUGCUGUGACCGCAACUGGUUUGUGCAGCCCUGCUGUGCCAUCACCGGGGUAGGGCUGACAGAGGGCUUCCGGAAAUUAACGGGAUUUGUGAAAAGCCAUGUGAAAUCAACAGGAGACACUUUAGCGUUCUUCAAGCAGAACUGAGCCUGUGAAAAGAACCAGGCAGUGAAAGAGACAAUGAUGAA